AUGUAUCAAAACCAAGCGUUUUCUUCAGGGUCCUAUGCAGAUAUGUUGUCUGGAAAUCCUCUUUUACCUUAUAACUACAGUGAAAAUGUUGGAGGACAAAAUGAGUUGAAAUUCAUGACAUAUAUGAGGGACACAAUGACUAUGCAAUCUAUUCAUGGGCAUUCAAAUGCUGCUGCCGCAGCUGAUCAAGACACUUUUGCUAAUGCCGGAGAUUCCCAUUCCCAUAUUAUUCCAAGGACAACACAAUUGGGACUUGUGGACAGUGAGCAAAAUGUACAUAACCAAUGCUUGUCUCUUAGCCUUGGAUCUGUGAUCCCUUCUAUUGCAUCAGUCCCUACCUUUCCAUACCAUUAUCCUGGCACCGGAUUCUCUCCACUAAUGACUGCUUCUGUCCCAAAUUUAAAGGGUACUUCAUCUGUUAAAGAUGAUGAGGCCAGUCUACAAAUGGAAUUGAGAAAUACUGAGUGCAUGGCAUCUUUAGCUUCUUGUGGCUAUCACAAAAGGGAUGGUUUGUUGUAUACACCACCACACCCAUUAAUGUGCCUCAGUGAAGGCCAAAGCGAUGGAUCGCUAGGCUUUCCCAGCAGUGUCUUGAACUCACAAUACCUCAAGGCAGCACAGGAAUUGCUUGAUGAAAUAGUUAAUGUGCGAAAAGCUUCGAAGCAAACUGCUUUAGAGAAGCAACAGAGUUUCCGUGAUAUUGAUUUAGAUGGCUCCAAGGAUUCUGAAGGUAAAUCUAACAGCCAAUCAGUGCAGAUAUCUUCAGGCCCCAGUAGUUCUGCUGCAAAUUCUUCACGUGAUCUAUCACCUGCAGAACGACAUAAUUUGCUGGACAAGAAAACAAAACUUUUGUCUAUGUUGGAUGAGGUUGAUGAACGAUACAGACAUUACUGCCACCAGAUGCAGAUAGUGGUUUCAUCUUUUGAUACGGUUGCUGGUUAUGGAGCAGCUGAACCAUACACUGCACUUGCCUUGCGCACAAUAUCACGCCACUUCCGGUGUUUGCGCGAUGCCAUCAGUGGCCAAAUUCUAGUGACUCAAAAGAGCCUUGGAGAACAAGAAGGGAUACCUCGUCUCCGCAAUGUUGAUCAGCAGCUUAGGCAACAAAAGGCUCUUCAGCAACUUGGUGUAAUGCGACAAGCUUGGAGACCUCAGAGGGGACUUCCUGAAACCUCUGUUUCUAUACUUCGUGCAUGGCUCUUUGAACAUUUCCUUCAUCC